AUGGAAAUGAUCGUUGAGCGCGGUACACAACUCCGAGGUGAGAUCAAAUUCAAGGCUCGCCCUCUUGUGAAAAUCACGUACUCCUUACGAGCACCAGCCAAUCAAGAGCCUGUGCUGAGUAACUGUAAUCGCGUGUCUAUGCUUCUGGAAUGUCUGGCAUUUACCUAUCUGAAACCAGAGGAACAGCUUUGUAUCUAUGAACAUCUGGUCAUUCAAGAAUUAAUUAAUGAUGCUUGGUUCCAGAAUCCGAAGGAUGAAGGUGUCAUAUAUAGUGAGUACUUCGGGCAACGGAUGCCUCUUCCGACUCUCGCUCUUGUGCUUACAGCGAUUGAAAAUGUCCUUGAUGAGUGGAGGACAGGGGAGUACCAUGACAUACCUUUCUCCAAGGAGACCUACCAGGAGAAGUAUGACAAGCACCUGCUUGAUCUCGAGAACUUUCAGGUGAAGACAAAGGAGACCCGGAUUCUGCCUACCAUCUGA